AUAAUUCAAAUUUUCAUUGAGAAUUUCUGCGCAGCAAUUCUGUUAUGCUUCAUGGUCUAAUAAAGUCUAGUGUGGCAUUAACAUUUUUAGCAGGCUGGUUGGUUUGGCAAAAAAACGAUAGCAGCAGGUCAAUUAUUUAUUUAUACACGAGACUUACUGAGCUAUAAUAUAUAAAAAACUCGUGUCGUGUUUGGUGAAUUUAUAUUGGACAUUGAUAAUGAUAGCAAAUAAAGUUUAUCUUGCUUUUGUGGUCUUCGGUAUCCAUUAUUUUAUCGUACAAGCAGUUCCAAAGGGAAGACAUGGGUUGCUUCACAAGAAAACGCAGGUUUUGGGUGGAAAAGCUACUAAAAGAUUUAAUAACUUUCAUGCAACGCAAAACAUUGACGAUUUAGUGCGAAAUCCGUCAGCCCUGAAUCGUGAUGAACUGAAUGAAAUCAACAAAUUGGACAAUAUGAACGACAUGUUCAUGAAUCCGGAAGUCAGCUCUGAAACUCAGGACCUCGCACGUCAAGGUCUGGACCCUAGUGUUGCGAUGCAGAUUUCGAAGAUCGAUCACAAUUUAGGCGACAUUUUGGGCCCCAAACGGGCGAAUCAAGCGGCAGCAAAUAUUCCAGGAAAGCAAAAGGGCGAAAUAUUAGCCGGGUAUGGUGAACAAUACAAUCUUGAUGGAAGCGUGAGUAUGACCAACAAUGAAUGGCCAGAAUAUCAAUUGAAAGACAGCCCACCUGUCAUAAACACGCCCCGUGAAGGACUCAACAGCAUGUUGCCAGGCAACGGUAACGUCAACGGACUCCAGCCAAUGGGAGGCGGCGAUUCCCCACAAGUCUCUCCUCAGGCUGCGCUCAAUCCGAAUCUCUUACCCGGUCAGAAAAGUGACUUAGGGAUGGGAAUGGGAGUUGGAAUGGAUAAGCAACCUCUGGCUCCAAUGAUGCAGAAGUUUGUGUCCGACGUUGCGAAUGGAAAAUCGUUGAACAAGCAUCUUCUCAACGCGCCGUUUGAAAAACCAGGUAUUAGAAAUGCUGGUUUUCGCAUCCCAGGGGAGUUCUCGUUUAAGGGUGAAAGAAAAUCUGACCAGGGUUCACAGGAAGAAGAAAAUCAGUUUGUUAAGAACUUUAUGAGCUCAAAGAAAAGCCAUACAGCACGGAGGAAAACUGCAAAGAAAACAAGACAGUAAAAAUAUCUUUGUAAGACUGCGAACAAGAAGAAGAGUCCCGUUGCUUGAAAUUGAGGAUAGAUACGGUAAUAUAAAAAGACAAAGAGGAUAGUGAUUACUUCGGCUUUGUGAAAGUGCUUUUAAAGCAGCAUAAAUCAUGGAUAUGGACCACACAGGAUGUAUACAGAACAACAUUAUAUGUAAAUUCUAAUAAAACUUC